CGCCGGCAGAAAAGCAGUUUAAAGGCGACGCGUGGCGCGAUGGCGGCGGCCCCACGCGUGUGCCGGCGACACCGGCCGCCGCUCCUGGCGCUGCUGCUCCUGCUGCUGUUGGCGCUGUCACCUCCGGGGGGUCCGCCGGGCGCCGCCGCCUACUUCCCAGAGGAGCGCUGGAGCCCGGAGUCGCCGCUGCAGGCGCCGCGUGUGCUCAUCGCGCUGCUGGCGCGCAACGCGGCCCACGCGUUGCCCUCCACGCUGGGGGCUCUGGAGCGGCUGCGGCACCCGCGGGAGCGCACGGCGCUGUGGGUAGCCACAGACCACAACUCCGACAACACGUCAGCUGUGCUUCGGGAAUGGUUGGUGGCCGUGAAAAGUUUGUACCACUCUGUAGAGUGGCGGCCAGCAGAGGAGCCCAGGUCCUACCCAGACGAGGAGGGUCCCAAACACUGGUCUGACUCACGCUAUGAGCAUGUCAUGAAGUUGCGCCAGGCAGCCCUGAAAUCAGCCCGGGACAUGUGGGCUGACUACAUUCUGUUUGUAGAUGCAGACAACCUGAUCCUCAACCCUGACACGCUGAGCCUGCUCAUUGCUGAGAACAAGACGGUGGUGGCCCCCAUGCUGGAUUCCCGGGCCGCGUACUCCAACUUCUGGUGUGGGAUGACUUCCCAGGGCUACUACAAGCGCACGCCUGCUUACAUCCCCAUCCGCAAGCGGGACCGCCAGGGCUGCUUUGCAGUCCCCAUGGUGCAUUCGACCUUCCUGAUCGACCUGCGGAAGGCGGCAUCCAGGAACUUGGCGUUCUACCCUCCCCACCCUGACUACACCUGGUCCUUCGAUGACAUCAUUGUUUUUGCCUUCUCCUGCAAGCAGGCAGAAGUCCAGAUGUAUGUCUGCAACAAGGAGGUAUACGGCUUCCUGCCGGUGCCACUGCGGUCACACAGCAGCCUCCAGGACGAGGCUGAGAGCUUCAUGCACGUGCAGCUGGAGGUCAUGGUGAAACACCCGCCAGCGGAGCCCUCGCAGUUUAUCUCAGUCCCCACGAAGAAGCCAGACAAGAUGGGCUUUGAUGAGGUCUUCAUGAUCAAUCUGAAGCGGCGCCAGGACCGGCGGGAUCGCAUGCUGCGGGCGCUGCAGGAGCAGGAGAUAGAGUCCCGGCUGGUGGAGGCUGUGGACGGCAAAGCCAUGAACACGAGCCAGGUGGAGGCGCUGGGCAUCCAGAUGCUGCCUGGCUACCGGGACCCCUACCAUGGAAGGCCCCUCACCAAGGGCGAACUGGGCUGCUUCCUCAGCCACUAUAACAUCUGGAAGGAGGUUGUGGACCGUGGGCUGCAGAAAUCACUCGUGUUUGAGGACGACCUGCGCUUUGAGAUUUUCUUCAAGAGGCGCCUGAUGAACCUUAUGCGGGAUGUGGAGCGGGAGGGCCUGGACUGGGACCUCAUCUAUGUGGGCCGGAAGCGGAUGCAGGUGGAGCACCCGGAGAAGGCUGUGCCCCGUGUGAGGAAUCUGGUGGAGGCCGACUACUCGUACUGGACCCUGGCCUACGUGAUCUCCCUGCAAGGCGCCCGCAAGCUGCUGGCCGCCCGGCCGCUCUCCAAGAUGCUGCCCGUGGAUGAGUUCUUGCCGGUCAUGUUUGACAAGCACCCAGUGUCGGAGUACAAGGCCCACUUCUCACCCCGAAACCUGCGCGCCUUCUCCGUGGAGCCCCUGCUCAUCUACCCGACGCACUACACAGGGGACGACGGGUACGUCAGCGACACAGAGACCUCGGUUGUGUGGAACAACGAGCACGUCAAGACCGACUGGGACCGGGCCAAAUCCCAGAAGAUGCGGGAGCAGCAGGCCUUGAGCCGCGAGGCCAAGAACUCAGACGUGCUUCAGUCCCCACUGGACAGCGCUGCCCGGGACGAGCUCUGAAAGCUCUGAAGGGCAGUGGCCGCGAAGCCAAAGUAGCCGUUUCUGGCCUGGCUCCCACUCGCUCACCCACUGGGCACAGCAUUUGGGUGGGGGUGGGGGGCCUGGGCCCCUGGCAGUCCAAGAAGGGCUCCCCACACAGCGGCGUUCAGCCAGCUCUUGCUCAGCAAUCACGUGCACACAGGCAGCAUUAACAGAGUGCCUACUGCAUGCCAGGAACAGGUGGAUUGGGUGGGAACAGUUCAUCUCUCUGUGGGCCCCGAGAGAUGCAUUAACCGGGUACCAGGUUCCUGUGUUACGGCAGUGAGUGAGGUACAGUUAUUCCCUCCAUCAAUGAUGGAUCCAAUCAAGCAUUAUCAAUUCCCCCGUCAAGAAUCAGGCACUAGGGAGUUCCCAUCGUGGCUCACUGGUUAAUGAAUCCGACUAGGAACCAUGAGGUUGCCGGUUCGAUCCCUGGCCUCGCUCAGUGGCUCGGAUCCCGCAUUGCCAUGGGUGUGGUGUAGGCUGGCAGCAACAGCUCCGAUUAGACCUCUAGCCUGGGAACCUCCACAUGCCAUGGGUGUAGCCCUAGAAAAGAAAAAAAGACCAAAAAAAAAAAAAAAAAAGAAUCAGGCACUAGUGAAACACUCACUGUUUGAAUUCAUUCAAGUAUUUAUUGAGUGCCUACUGUGUGCUGAGCACCAUUCUAUGCUCUGGGAAUAGUGAGAUAAACUAUCAUUUAUUCAAACACAAAGAGCACCUACUGCGUGCCUGGUACUUGCCACACGAAUGUUCUUAUUGUCUUGGUGCGUUUAUUGAGUGCCUGCUGUGUGCCAGGAGCUGAGCCUGGUGCUAGGGCCGAAGAUGAACAAGGUGCUUUUAACUCUUUAAUUGGUUUCUUCCUCACACAUCUGAAGAGUUGUUCAGUCAGCAUUUGAUCACCCACAGAGAUGAACAAGAUGAGUCCUUUCAUUUCUUCAUGCAGCAAGCAUGUAUCGAGUGCCUACUGUGUGCCUGACCUCAUGGACUCCUAGUGGGGUUGACUGAGUUGGAUCCCCCCCCAUCACCCAGGCUGUGUGCAGACAUCUCUUGCCACUGCCUGGGAGCAGGGGUGUCUCUUCCCUCACCAGAGGCAGCCACAGGUUCCAGUGACCACAUGUCCUCACGCGAGUCCUCCUAGACCCAGCCCCCCUGGAGGGGGCGAGGGGCGAAGCUGGGGGCGGGGUCUCCCAUGCCCACCCCUGGUCUCGGUUGCUUGACCGCCCUGCCCUGCAUCUCAGGUGUGGUCUCUGCCUGCUUGAUGGUGUUCCUCUGUCCAAGCCUUUGGUGGGAUCACGUAUGUGGGGGCUUAUUCUGGCUCAGCUGCACUGGGGUGCCACCCACAACCUGGGCAGGACGUGCCCCAACACAGGCUGGAGGACUCGCUGUACCUUCAGCCUGAAACGAAUGUCAGAGCUGGCCAGCAGUGCCCCAUUCUGGCAGGGAUGACUGCUGUCCAGCUCGGCUCCUGGAUAACUUGCUUAUUUUUGUAUUAAAAGUUCCUGGUUGGUUUUCAUGUA